AUGCACUUGUUUUCUUUCCGUCCAUCAUCUCUGUAUCGUCUUAAACAACCAUUAUGGACAAUCAAAUCUACAAUUCGUACACUAACAGAUGCAUGUAUAACUUCGGAAGCAGUUAAAAGUGCAGAAGAUGAUCCCGCUCCAUUCAUGGUCGAUUCGAAUGAUUCUUUGAUGACUGCUAUUCAAUCAUGUUCAUCUCUGUCAACGUUAUUUCCAUUGGUUCGUGCAAAUUUACCGCAACAUCGAGCACAACAUAUCGCCUCGGCUUUGCUUCGAGCUUGCAAUAUCGUUCGUUCAUGUGCCUAUUUCCAUCCGAUUCAUAUGGAAAGUUAUCGUCAGCAGUUAUUGAAUCAUCCGAUGUUUGAUCUUCUUUGCCAUUUAUGCGAACAUCGCCUAUUAGAAUUGAACUUCGAAGAUCAUGUGAAUAUUCUGUCAGCGUUAGUCAAGUUAGAUAUUCGAAUGUCAUCAAGUGAAAGUCCAUUUCUCCGUCAUUUAUUUACUGAAUUAGCACAACGGGAAUACAUUGCGAAGUUCGAUUUGAAUCUCUUGCAUCGGUUUCUCAUUGCCGUCGUUAAAAAAUCCAAUCGACAUUUACUUCUUCCGCUAUACAAACCAUUACUCGAACGGUUUCAUCAAUUAUUAAUCGAUCAUGGUCCUAAUCACAACACAGCAAGUAUAAAGUGUACAAUUGGAGUAACACACCUGUUGGGUAUGGCUAUACCUUUGUCCAAAUCCUCUUCGUCCGAUGAUACGCAAUUAUUAACUUGUGUUUCGAAUAUAAUUAAUAAUAACAUCGAAAAACUUGCUCCUUUAGCAAGUCCAGACAUCUUUGUUCGUUUGUUAACAUUAGGUGGAAUGUUUCCUGAAGAGAUGAAAACAUGGAUACCACAUGUCAUGGCCAACUGGUUACAGAAUUUAAAUCGAAUUCUAUGGUUUGAUCUUUAUCUGAUACUGUCAUCGGCAAAACGACAUUUCCGUCCGUUGAAUGAAUUAUUCGAAUCAGCCGUCGCACGUUGUAAUUCUGAACUGGAUCAAGAGCAAGAUCUGAUCGAUCACGAUGUUCUCUACAUGAUAUGUGCUUUAUACCGACACUCGAAAAUCAAAUUGAAACUUCGAUUGAACAGGCGUUUGCACAUGUGUUUAGAUCGUUUCGAUCCACAUGAAAUGUGUCUUCUCUAUCAACAUAUCAAUCCAGAUACGUGUAAUGAUUGGGAUUUACUAGCGCGAAUCCAUUCUAAGCUCAAGCAAAUCUCUCCGACGAACGACGAGUAUGAAAGCGACUUUUGGCCAAUGUUGACCAUUCUAACGGAACAUAUCAACAAAAACAUUGAUUAUUACACAUCCGAACCAGCUGGAGCUGAUUUCAUCAUGCAUUUACGUGGAGAAAUCGAACGAAUGAAAUCGGGACCGAACGAAACCUGGUUUAUUCGGGAUCAACAUCUGACAAUUUUAACAUUUUACUUAAAAUAUGCAUUGAGCGGAACAGCAAUUCCAAGUAAUAUCAUGAGCAAUGCCGAAGGUGUGAUAUCCCAAGCUGAUUUAAAAGAUACUGGCACACUCCUAGCAGGCUAUUACAAUGCAGCAUCGUUGUUAUCUCCUCAUGGUGCGAAUAUGACAUUUCAACGUCAAAUUGAACAGAUCCAUCGAACACUUGUCAGUCAAAAGAAAGAACACUUGUCGAAUUUAUCGAUCUAUCCAUUGAGUCAUCUAGUCAAUUUUCUUAGUCAUAUCACUUCUUCACGUUAUAAUAUUGGUACACCUUUAUUGGAACCAUUUUUUGAACGUCUAAAUUCUUAUGAUAAUCAAACAUCGUUAAGUUUACGUGAUGUGAAUAGUCUUUCGUUGUUAUUUUCUCAUUCAGCACGUCUCUAUCCAGCUUUACUCGAUUCUAUGUGUUCAACCUUGAUCGAUACUCAAUCCACUUCCUUACGAUUAAUUUCAACAUACUUUCGUUGCUUAUUCAAAGUUAAUUACAAGCCCGAACAAAUCAACGAUCUAUGUUCAUUAGCUCGACAUCUCUAUGAAAAUAAGGACGAAUUACGUUCGUUCGAUAUGCUCUGGUUAGCCAUGACAACUACAGGAUUGUUCAAUCAAAUCGAUGAACAUCUAUUGAAUGAUAUCUUUUCGUUGUCAUUUCUCGAUAGCAUCGAUCAAAUUUCGAUGAAAAGGCAUACGAAUCCAUUAGGCCAAUCUCUAUUCCGCUUAAAUCAAAUUGUGUGCAUCGAUCAACCUCAAUUGAAUAUUCCGUGGUUUAACGAUCGCUUUGGAUUGGAAGUUGUUAUACCUGACAUGCGUCGCCAUUGGCAGACGCGACAUACGGUAUUUGAUCAUGUGGAAUCGAAUUUAACAACUAUUCUUGGCGGAAGAGAAUAUGUGCAAAAACUGCCAGUUUCGCCAUACUUUCAUGAAAUUGAUUUCGAAUGUAUCCUACGACUGGAUAAUCGUAAACCAGUUCGGUUCGAUCAGUACGAUUUGAUGAAGAACAUCAGCGGAGACAAAAAACUCGAGAUUCCUGAAGGAUGUGAACGAGUGGCAAUUCAAUUAACAACACCGAAUCAUUAUUGUCAGAAUACGAAUCAUUAUGUUGGCUCUGUAGAGAUAACAUUUCGCCAUUUGAAGAAACUAGGAUACCGUGUUGUUGUUCUUCCUUAUUAUGAAUUAUCUGCAAUAGAAUCAUCUGCUGCUCGUUAUCGUUAUUUGCACAACAAAGUGUUCAAAAAUAAUCAAUAG